CUCCGCUGUUACCUGUUCUGCACUACUGCUGCCAGGGACUUCAGUGACUACACGUUACACAGGGAGAAGAAUAAGGCUCAGCAUACCUCAAUGAUCAUCUAAAGCCCUGAGAUUCCCUGGAAGUAAAAAAAAGAAAAGAAAACCUAGUUAAAAGCUGCGCUGAUUGUGGAAGGCGUUUAAACAGAAAACCCGCACGUUUAACCACACAGUGAAGAGUCUGCGAUACUUGCAAGGAUGCACUUGUUGUCUGCCGGCGCGGUGGCUGUCCUGCUCUUCGGGAUCGUCUAUCAAGUGAGCAGCACGGUGACUGUGAUCGGGACCUACGGGGAGACGCUCGAGCUGCCCUGCAACAACGGAUCCCCCCCACCAGACGACGUCAUGUUCAUCCAAUGGAAACUCAACCCCUCUGAGUCGGGCAUGAUGAUCAAGAAGCUGAAGGGUAAGCCCUUCGAGGUCCUGGCCAAGGAUGGGUACAGCAGUCGCGUGAGCAUGAUGGACAACGGCAGCAUGUUCCUGGAGGCGCUGACCCUGGAGGACCAGAAAGUCUUCAUCUGCAUGCUGGUGACCCUACAAGGCCUCUUAGAGCGCCACGUCAGAGUGGUGGUCCACAAGGAUCCCACAAAUCUGGAGCUCUUAGAACAGGCGGCUGAACUUGAGAUCGGGAAACUCGCUAAGAUAGGGCAAUGUAACGCAAUAGACGCCAAUCCAGCCGCCAAUAUCACUUGGUUCAAGAACAACAAGACCCUGUCCGCUGACGGCAAAGGCAUCGUGAUCGAUGACUCUGUGCAGGUGCACGCCGUCACAGGGCUCUCCACCACCUCCUCCACCCUGAGGUACUCAGCGGGGAAGGGAGACGCAGAUGCCAGCUUCACCUGCGGCACGCUGGACCUGGCGGGUCAGCCCAGGGUGUCCCUUCCGGUGACCUUCACCAUCACAUACCCCACCGAGAACGUCAGCCUCAAGGUGCUCUCCGAGGGGGUCCUGCUGGAAGGGGACAACGUCACCCUCAGGUGCGUUGCCGACGGCAACCCAGCUCCCACCACUUUCAACUUCUUCAUCAAGGGGGAGGUAAAGAACGUGGUGGACUCAGACAGUUACACCAUGACGAAUAUCAACAGAGACGCCACCGGAGAGUACAAGUGCUCUCUGGCGGAGAAGCCCUCGCUGGAGGCCUCUAUCAACCUGACUGUCAGCUACCUGAACGUGGACCUGUCGCCCUCUGAGGAGGUCGUGAAGAAGGCGGGGGACACUUUGGUGGUGGCCCUGAAGGUCGACUCCUCCGGAGACCACAAGGUGUCCUGGACCAAGGAUAACGGACUCCUCAAGGCAGACCAGGUGCCCACCUUCAAGAACCUGACGUACUCCGACGCCGGUGUCUACGAGGGUCAGGUGACCCUGGGCCCACUGCGCCGCGUCGUCUCCUUCCAGCUCGUCGUCGAAGGCGCUCCCGUCAUCACUCUACUGACCAAGCGCCUCGGAGAAGACGGCCGGCACAAGGUCCUCACCUGCGAGGCGGAGGGCUACCCCAAGCCCACCAUCACCUGGAGCGUCAACGGCACCUUGCUUGAAGAGACCCCCUACAUCAACGGGAAGGUGUCCCAGAAAUUCGCCGUGGUGCCCAGCGCCAACCUCACCGUCUACUGCACCGUCUCCAACCAGUUCAGCCAGCAAAUCCAGAGCAUCAAUGUUUCAUCCCUAUUUGAGGAGGUGAGAAUGGAUAAACAAGACCAGUCGGACAACGGCGACCAGACCAAACUUGCGAUUGGCAUCGUGGCGGGUCUGCUGCUGGUUGGCGUCAUCGUCGGCCUGGCAUACUGGAUAUACAUGAAGAGAUCCAAGCAGGGGAGCUGGAAGACCGGAGAGCUGGAGAACGGUUCCUCUGAAGAGGAGAAGAAGCUGGAGGAGAAGGUUGAGGAGAACAGCCAAAAAGCAGAAAUGUAGACAGGACACCGUCUCGUGGGAAUGUGGACGUGACAAAGUGGUAACAAGAAGCUAUUGCACAUUUCUGUUUGCUGUUCGCUUUGGACAAAACUACCGUAUAUUUGGAUGAAGCCCUAUUGGAUUUAGAUUCUAAAAAUUAAUUCCACUCGAAUAUUUUCUCCUUCUUUGAAAAAAUGAAGGGAUAUGUGAAAUACAUAAUUGUCUGCACUACUGAUACUUGCCUGUUAUUACAUUCAGUUUGGAAAUAUGUAAGAAGGGAAAUUGGAUUUGGGGAUUAGAAACUGCAGUUAUUUGUUUUGUUUUUGUUUGUUGAGUGCUAAUCUGAACCGCUGCUGUCUUUGGGUGAGAGAAGAGAGCAAAUAGUCACAAACGUACCUGCAUUUUGGGCAGAAAGGAAGGGUUAGAGUAACAUAGCUGUUGUUACUUCAGAGGAUGACGAGUCACAUCAUGUCAAUCUUUUUAUUUAUGUACUUUACGCAUUCAGGUUUACCACUUUGGCCACAAAUUGAUAUGCUGAAUUUGAGGAGGCAAUGCUGCAAAGGCUAUGGACAGAUUGCUGACUUCUUAAGGGACAGGAAGUAGGAAGAAUGGGGGCAUGAGUGCAUGGCAGAUCAUAAUCUCUCUUGUCUGUUCAUGUCAGGAAAAUAUUGUUGUUGUUUCAUUAUUCAGCCUUAAGUAAAAUUUGAUUGAACCAACCGCAUUGCAUAUUGACUGGUAGAUUUUAGAAAGGAUGUUAAAGAAACACCAAGAUAACAUAUGGAAACAUGUACAAAAGUUGUGUGUAAUAACACACCUUUUCUGACUGGCAUUAGUGUAAUUACGGUAAUACAGGUGCAUUCAGUUUACUUUUUCUGUACUUUAACAAAAACAUUUUGCUGAUUAUUUAGCGUCUGAUGCAUUGUAAACGUCUGAGUGCUUAUCGCUGACAAAUUAAUUGCCACUCCUUUCAUUUCAUCAGUGUGGGUAAUCAUUUUAACGAAACGUCUUAUAAACCACUUUGCCUUCUUUUGAAAAUCUACCCAUACAAGCUUGAGUUGUGUAAAGUGCCCGAAGGUUGGUGUUUUAAGGCAGGUUUCUGUAGAAUGACACAGAGUAUUGACUCUGUUUGUACAUAUAUACCAGUUUUGUCAGGGUUGUCAUUUAGCCUAUAUUACUGAAUCUGUAGGAUCUGUUACUGAAUAUUAAACCUCACUCUGUAAACAACACAUGGUCAUCGUCACUGUCCACCUGCUUUGGAUGAACCUAAACAGAACUACCAAAAUGUUAUCCUCAGAAGUUACGGAUGCUGUGGCGGUGUUCCAACACCUUGCUAGAGAAUCAGCUAGUGAUCCUGACGGGCGAAGUUUUAAAUGAUGUGACCUACUGAAAUGAACAUCCCUAGCAGGGGGAGGUGUCUGUCCUCGGGGGACGGUCAGUAACCGGAGUGUGAACCCACACCAUGCGGUGAUUACGGAUUGUAGGUUUAAGUCUAUCCAGCGUGGAUGUUAUUGUGACUGUAUGUGAUUAUUUUUUCUUUUGGUUAUUUAUAUUGUUCAAGGGUUAAUGUUAGCUUAAAAUGCUUGUCACACACACACCUCACCAAUAAGUUGAAAGUAAACAGCUACACAAUUACUUGCAAAGUUCACAUGAAGUAGUUUCAUUCAGACAUUUGUCGGGUGUUCAUAGUCUGGUUGACCGCUUAGAUUCAAUUUAAGAUAUCUUGGGGUGUCAGUGCUGUUUGAUCCCCUACAUUGGGUUGAACUUCAAAUUGGAUAUAUGACCAAAGAAAUGAACAUUGCCAUGCAAGUAUUGUAAAUAUCUUGACAUUCGUUUUUUGUACUUUUGUUUAAAAUAAAGUGUACAUUUAAAAAAUGC